AUGGAAAGCAGGAGACGAACGGUCACAAGGCUGCUCUGCGGCUUCUUGGCAGGAUCUGCCACCGUGCCUGCAGUCAGAGCGACCUCCCAGAUCUACACCUCCUCAGUGUCCUACUGUGCUGCCCCUGAGGCCAUCUUUGUGGACACUUUUGGACUUCAGUAUGUCGACAAGAGCUCCUUGAUCUCCUUCGCCAUCCGGGCCCAAUCAGUACAGCAAAAUUUGUACGCCACCCUCAAUCUCUCGUUGCAGGCAUACGACUUAUCGGUGGUCAAUCUUAACGUCGAUCUAUGUAGCGUGCUCGACGGCUUCCUCUGUCCGCUGCCGACAUACCGCUUCGAUGGCGCGACCUCCCUAGCCAUCCCGAGCACUUUCACCAGCAAGAUACCUGGCAUUGCCUACAUUGUUCCCGAUCUGGAAGCGGUGGCAACCCUCAGACUUACGUCCAUCGAUACAGGCGCAGAGGAAGCCUGCAUACAAGCAGCGCUCAGCAACGGCAAGACGACCUAUCUCACUGCGGUCCAGUGGGGCGUUGCAGCCAUCGCUCUCAUCGCCUUUGCUUCCACCAUCUUGCACACGCUCUGGCCGCAGCUCCUUUCAGAAGCCCACAAAAGGCAUAGCACGCCGGAAUGGAGACUGGUUCUUCUGUUGAGCUAUUAUCAGCACAUUGCGUUCAGUGGCAUGCUAUCUGUCACAGCGCCCAAGGUCUUUCGAUCUUACACACUCAACUAUGCCUGGUCGACAUUUCUGAUCAGAAUCGGGCCUAUCACACGAUCGCUCGAUCGCCUAAGAGGUCGAACAGGCGGUGACACGACCGAUAACAGUUCAGCGCUUGACGCGAUAGCAGCUCUGACCAGGCGAAGUGCGAUGCCCGCUGCGCCCGAGCAAUUCGCAAACAUGACAAGACAAGCGGGCCUGACGAGUAGCUCCUCACUCGUGUCAUAUGCCUCAAAGGUGACGAAGCCUUCCUUCGCAUACACAAAUUAUGCAACCACCAAUGUACCGGUCAUCGGUGGUGUCGGAUCGCCAAACAUCACAAUCGGCAUAUCCACCUAUUCAGAACUGCUAGGCAUUCCCUUUGGCAACGUCUUCAUGACGGCUUUCAUCAACGUCCUGCUGCUCCUCUGCAUCAUGAUCGUCUUGCUUGCUCUCGUCUACGCUAUCUUUGCGCUCUAUUUACGCAGGCAGCUCCGACGGCAGACGCGCAAUCAGCUCUGGAUCGACGAGCUGAAGCGCAGGCGGCAUUACUUCAUGGCCACGAAUUCAUUCAGAAUCUUGUUGAUUGCCUAUCCGCCCAUUGUUACGUUCGCAUUCUAUGGCUACAUUGUCGAGUCCACGACAGGCUGGGCUUCUGCAUUGCUGGGCACCCUUAGCUGGGUCAGUAUGACGUUCAUCAUUCUCUUGGUCAGUAUCAAGCUUCUCAAGGCCGCCAAGCGACACGAAGACGGCAUUGAUCACCUGUACGAUAGCGAAAAGUUUACCUACCGCACAAGUUCGCUCUUCACGCAAUUUAAGCCAGACGCAUUCUAUUACUUCAUCCCAAUCAUCCUCGUCACGUUCAUAGAAGCCUGCUUCAUCUCGUUUGCGCAAGGCUAUCCAACUCGCCAAGUGGUCGGCCUCAUUGUCGUCGAGAGCUUGCUCUUCAUCGCUACAGUCUGGCACAGGCCAUACGCGACCAAGGGAGCGAACGUACUCGCCGCAUUCUUGCAGUUUUCCCGCGUUGUUACGUACGCACUUCAGAUUGCUUUCCUCGACUCGACAAACGUCAAGGCGAUUCCCAAGGUCGUCAUCGGCAUCGUCAUCAUCGUCAUUCAGAGUAUCUUCGUGCUCAUCCUUUUCCUGUCGAUCAUGAUAGGACUUAUCGCGGCGAUGUACCGAGGCAUUCGGGGCAGAGGCAACUAUCGCCGCAAUAGCGACUUGACGGACAAGGAUGCUGCUGCCACGGAGAAGGGCAUCAACACUGGCGAGUCUGCCUUUGUCGCAUCGAGCCUCAACUCAAGCGUCACCAACGUUGGCGCAUUAGACAACCCCAAGCCUCCUUACUCUGAUCGGUCUAGAUUCUCGUCGCCCGCUCAGUCGCUUCCCGAGGUACCUCCAGAGAGGUCAGACACGCCCACUUCGGCAGAAGCCCUUUUCAGCCCCGACACGACUGCUCGCGCCACCCAUAGCACAUAG